GAACCAAGGAUGAAGCCAGAAAAGCAGUCCAGAUUCAUCCUCUUCCUCUGCAAGAUAUUGAACCCAUCCUCAUAUCCGUCUACCUGCGUCCUCUCCUAUUGAGAUAGUACCUACCGACUCCCCUGGAAUCUAUUUAACUACCCCCUCCCAAAUUCCCAAAAUAUACCUCCUCCCCCUUCCGAAAAUACCCCCCUGGCCAUCGGAAGAGGAGGGGACUAGGGGUACCAAAAAAAGUCCUCUUUUUUUCUGUUUGCCUCCAUUAAUGGCAUCUAUGGCGACCUUCCUCGCCAAAACCCCGAUCUCAACCCCCCCAUUCCCCAGUCCCCUCAAAUACGAUAUCUCUCCUCGCCCUCUUCUCCCCUUCCCCCUCCUCGCUGCUCCCCGGCAGGCGGCGAGGACCCUCAGGAGCCGCCGGAUCGCGUGCGGCCUCAUCGAGCCCGACGGCGGGCGGCUGGUGGACCUGGUGGCGCCGGCGGGGCCGGCGAGGGAUGUCCGGCGGAGGGAGGCGGCGGCGCUGCCCAAGCUCAGGCUCUCGCGGGUCGAUCUCGAGUGGGUCCAUGUCCUCAGCGAGGGGUGGGCGAGCCCCCUCCGAGGGUUCAUGAGGGAAGCCGAGUUCCUCCAAGCACUUCAUUUCAACUCGCUCCGCCUCCCGGACGGGUCGUUCGUCAACAUGUCGGUCCCGAUCGUGCUCGCCAUCGACGACACCCAGAAGAAGGCCAUCGGGAACCAGCGCAAGGUCGCGCUCGUCGACGCCAACAACAAACUCGUCGCCAUCUUGAGCGACAUUGAGAUCUACAAACAUAACAAAGAAGAAAGAAUUGCAAGAACUUGGGGAACAACUGCUGAAGGCUUGCCAUAUGUUAAGGAAGCUAUUGAAAAUGCUGGAAACUGGCUAAUUGGAGGAGAUUUGGAAGUUACAGAGCCAAUCAAGUACAAUGAUGGUCUUGAUGGCUAUCGGCUGUCACCUGCUCAACUCCGUGAAGAAUUUUCGAGGCGCAAUGCUGAUGCAGUAUUUGCUUUCCAGCUUCGAAAUCCUGUACACAAUGGGCAUGCUUUACUCAUGACAGACACACGUAGACGUCUUCUAGAAAUGGGCUACAAGAACCCAAUUCUAUUGCUUCAUCCACUGGGGGGCUUCACCAAAGCAGAUGAUGUACCACUUGGUUGGAGAAUGAAGCAACAUGAAAAGGUUCUUGAGGAUGGUGUACUUGACCCAGAGACAACAGUAAUUGCAAUAUUCCCCUCUCCCAUGCAUUAUGCUGGUCCGACUGAGGUGCAGUGGCAUGCAAAGUCUCGGAUAAAUGCUGGCGCGAACUUCUAUAUUGUGGGUAGAGACCCAGCUGGUAUGAAGUACCCAAAACAAGACAAGGACCUUUAUGAUCCUGAUCAUGGAAAGAAAGUUCUGAGUAUGGCUCCAGGACUUGAGAAGCUUAACAUUCUACCGUUCAAGGUUGCUGCAUAUGACAUAAAGAAGCAGAAAAUGGAUUUCUUUGAUCCUUCCAGGCCUCAAGAUUUUCUGUUCAUCUCUGGCACGAAGAUGCGGUCUCUUGCACAGAACAGACUGGAUCCACCAGAUGGCUUCAUGUGUCCAGGUGGAUGGAACGUACUGGUUGAGUACUACGAAACACUGCUGCUGGAAGCUGUAUCAAAUUGAACUGCAACACACUGGCAUAGAGUGCAGAAAUUAGGCUCCUUCGAGCUGCAAUUAAUUCUAUGAGAUUGUGAACAGUAUUUUCAAUCUGUGUGCAGCAAACUGUAUGUGGUGUGAACAAUACGUUCGAUCUGUGUGAAACAAACUCCGUUAUAUUGCUUGUGUAUAGAAACUAAAUUAUUUGUGAGGUUUGUGAGAUAUUUGUGCUUAUAA